CAAUAAAGUUGUCAGCAGCAAACCUGCCUAAAAACAAUCUUGUAAAGUAUCUCUGCAACCACUUAGCACGACAGCUCUAGUCAAAGCCGUUAGGAAUGGCGUCUUCCCAGAUUAUUAUGGGCCUCGCGGCUCUGGUGUUCUGCACCUGGUCUGUCAGCCUUGCUGGCAUUGCCUCCAUCCAGGAGCAGUGCGACGCUAGCUGGUCGGCCAGCCUGGCGGAUGUCACUGGCUUCUCCCUUGGCCUUCCCUGCAUGAAGCUUUUCCGCUACUACUGGUUCAUCGUCUGCCUGGAGUUCGUCCUCAUCGCCGGUCUGGGCGCUGCCCUCUUCACUGGCUCCUUCACCAAGACCCGCUUCUCCUGGAUGGGCCUGUUCUGCGUGGCCACCCUGCUGUACAUCCAGAUGACCGACACCUUCCUGACCAUGCACUCCC